CUUCCGCAGGUUGAACCAAUGAGCGUUGAAGAUGUUCGAAAGGUGAACUAAACUGGCCAAUCAGAAGGGCGGAUUCUGCUGCCUACGGCGCCGCGUCGAAGUCCACUUACUUUUCUGGAAGCUUGGCGCCUGGUAAAUUAAACUGUGGAGGUAUCGGGGGGGAUUUGAAUGUUGGUGGACCUCUACAGUGCUCUCCCACCUCUCCGUAGAGACGCCGACAGAGUCCUUCGCCCAGACGGCAAUUGACCGCGGUCGGUGCCCAGCCAGCGAAGCGGGAGCCAUGCCUGUCCCCGCUGGAUACCUCAGCGACUCCCCCGCCGCGGCCUUCACAUCCUCGGGCUCGCUUAUCCCACCGCCACCGAUAAACACCCAGCAGCCCGGUGUUGUCACCUCGCUGCUGUACAGCGGCUCCAAGUUCAGGGGCCACCAGAAGAGCAAAGGGAACUCUUACGACGUGGAGGUUGUUUUGCAGCAUGUCACCAUGGAGGACUCCUACUUGUGUGGGUACCUGAAGAUAAAAGGACUGACUGAGGAGUACCCAACUCUGACCACGUUCUUCGCCGGAGAGAUCAUCAGCAGGAAGCGGCCGUUUCUCACUCGGAAAUGGGAUGCAGAUGAGGAUGUGGAUCGAAAGCACUGGGGCAAGUUCCAGGCCUUCUACCAGUACGCAAAGACAUUCAACUCAGAUGAUUUUGACUAUGAGGAUCUGAAGAACUCUGAUUAUAUUUUCAUGAGGUGGAAGGAGCAGUUCCUGGUCCCUGACCACACAAUAAAAGACAUCAGCGGGGCUUCCUUUGCCGGAUUCUACUACAUAUGCUUCCAGAAAUCCACAGCAACGAUCGAGGGCUACUACUACCACAGGAGCUCUGAAUGGUACCAGUCUCUAAACCUCACCCACGUUCCCGAGCACAGUGCAGCCAUCUAUGAGUUCCGGUGACCCCGGCCGGCAUCGUGGAUCUUUUUUUUUCGAUGGACAGAGUCUUGAGUCAAAGCAGAGGUCUGCGGAUGCUACUGAAGAGGAAAAUGAGAAUGACUGUGGAUGAGAUUUUGGGCUUUGGAGAAGUGCAAACUCUUACAUGUUCCCAAUAAGUGGAUGGACAGCGGAUUGAUCAGUGGACGGGAUAUCGGGACAAAUGAAUGUAUGGAUGAGAUGAGAGGAAAGACAGGAAGAAAGUGCAGUUCUGCUCCCUGGCUGGAGCCUGUAAAGUUAGAACCAGCAGCAGAGACUGGGUGUGGCUCGUAUAGUGUACCCCUUUCUUCAUUUGUUUUAACGUCUGGUUUUUAAAAAACGCUUGGCGCAGUAUCUUGAGACACUUUAUAAGCUGAGUUGGGAAUUCCCCUUCUUGUUUUGCGACUAGAAAACCAGCUUUCAUCCAGCUGAUGCAGAGUGAGCAACAUAAACACAUUUGACUACCGUUGGACAAGGAUUCCUCUGAGGAGUCUGCUCUCAUAUUCACCAUCUCUGAAGAAGUUAAUCGCCAAGUCUGUGUGGAAGAAACGCAAGAGAGAAGUUUGGGUUCAUGAUUGAUUGGAGCUUUAAUCAGCCCAUAAGCUAGAAUGACAGUAUUUGCUUUAAAGCUAAGCUGGUUCUUUGUUUGCCUGCCAAGAGGAUAUUUUGUUAUUUUACUCUAAAUGAUGGACGCAGAGUGGCACUUUGAAACGCUGCAAUGUGAGUGACACACAAAACGAGCUUUUCCCCCCGUGUUCAUACAAUUGCUUGGGAGAUUAUUAUCACAUGUGAUUGCUGUGGAUCUUGUUCUGUUGAGUUACAUUUGCACAAAGAUGGACUAUAUGUUACUAACGCUUGCAGUCAGGAUGUUACACUCACGUGCCCUAGUACACAAGGGGGCAGUCAAGCUUUUUGACUUGCGUUUGUGUGGGGAGUUCAGAGCCAAAACAAUCACAGAAAAGUAUUCAAAAAAGAGAGUAUUUUUACCCUGCACUCUGCAUUAAACAAAGAGCUUUUUACUCCCCCGUGUGUCAUUUUAAAUUAAGAUCCCUACUAUCCCUACAUAUUUGUCCCCUCAACUAUGCAACACUUUCAACAUAGCACUCUCCAAACGUAAAACCUUCAGUUUUCAGAGACAAAAUUUAUUCUAUCCUUAUAGUAUAUGAAAAAAAAGGAAUCUAUCUUCAUUAAAGGAAAUAUUUUUGUUAAAUUGCCUAUGAAAACACUCCCAUAUCAUGUUCCCUUCCCAUGUGAUGGUGCCAUCUUUCUAAAGCUUAUCAGAGUUGUAUUAUAACAGUGUGUUUGUUUGAGAAUAAGCCUGGAUUUGAUUGAUGGUGUGAGUGUAAAGAAUGGAUUAUGGAUUUUAAAAAAUCAUAUCAAAACA